AUGUCUCGACUGCCCCUCUCUCGACCGGUGCCUCCUCUACAUCUCUACCGACACCUCCUCCGCGAGACCUCAUACCUUCCCGAACUAUGCAGACCGUACGUGUACCACCGUAUCCGGGACCGCUUCCGAUCUUCGAAAAGCUACUUGAAAAGCUUGAGAUGGACAGGCAAACCAAACGAUACCCUCGAAACAGCCGCCUGCGAAGCCAGACGCCGCACCAAGGCCGCUUUAUGGGAAGGUGAGAGGCACCUUCGACGACUUCGUGCCGCCAACGCCGGCGAUGUUGCUCGCAUGCAGCGCAUCCUCCGCCUGGCCUUCGGGCGCCUUGGCAAGCGGCGCCGCGAACUGAUGGCCGACCUUCUCCACCAAGAUCCGCCCUCGGACACGGCCGCGCUCGAGGCACGCCUCAGCAAGCUGGACCUCGCCCAAAACACGACCGACAAGUCCGCGAGCAGGGAGAAAGAGCCGCCCCUGAAGCCGCGAACGCCUGACCACUGGGAUACCGAAAAUCUUCUCGUCUAUCUUCGAUCGCAAAAACGCCACCAAGAUCACACCACACCUGCAACCUGGCCGAAGAGUCCCCUGACCAAUCUAAACCCAGAGCGAGACCUCGACACGCUCAAGACCAUCCUUGGCCGGCCCAUGCCAGAGAGGAGACUCCGCAUCCGAAGAGAGAAGUGGUGGAAACACGCGGCUGACAGAGUCAUGCCACCUCUAGCGAAAGCGGAGUGGGAUACUCUGGCCCAGGCCGCCCUUGGAAACCUACCUGUCGACCAGUACAAACCCCUGCCGCGGCGCCCUUUGGCGCACUCCAGGACACCGGAAUUCAAGCCUGCACAAAAGAGUUGGAACUGGACGCCCUAUGCUGACAGGCCCGCAUCCUUGGUGGAGAGGCCACGGGCCGUCACGAAUGUCAGGUUGGUCGACGAGCCAGAAGUAGGACCGUACGGCGGAGACCUGGAGAGCCGAAUCCGACCCCUGUCCAGUAGGCAGCUCCGGAGGCAAUACAGGCAGAUUUACGAAUCUUCUUCAUUCGCCGAACAACAUCCGACUACGUUGAAAAAGUCGAUCCAAUGGGGCACACGCGGCCAACCUCCUGUCGCCACACCAGCUCAGCUUCAGCGCUACAUCAACUCGACAGAGGUCACAGAGCCUGACCGAGACGUCAAGAAGAAGGCCAAAGCAUGA